CCCAUACUGCCGCCCCGCUGACCGCCGCCCGGCCGCGCCCCGGAACGGCAACCCCGGCGGGCGGUGCCUCUCCCCGCCUUCCGCCGCAGCCAUGGCGGAGCGGGCCGAGGCAGCGCCGAGCCCGCCGCCGGCGGAGCACAAGCGGGAGCAGGAGGAAGAGGGUGAGGAGGCGCUACACGUCGCCAAGCGGAGGAAGGUGCUGUGCUCCGAGUUCUCCGCCAUCACCAGCAGCGACGAGGCUGUGGCGCGCCGCUUCUUGGCCGCCAGCGACUGGCACAUGGAGAGGGCGCUGAACGCCUACUUCGACCCGCCGCGGGACGCGGAGACAGCGGCGGGCGGGGCGGCCCCGGCCUGCGCGGACAGCGGCAGCUGCAUUGACCUCACUGCAGAUGCAACUACAAGUACUGCUGGUGUCAACAGUGAAGACACACUGCAAAAAGAAGAUGACAGCAGCUUCUCGCUGAUCACCUGGAACAUUGAUGGGCUGGAUCUAGGAAAUGUGAAAGACCGAGCUAGAGGAAUCUGUACAUACCUGGCAUUAUACAGUCCGGAUGUUGUGUUUUUACAGGAGGUCAUCCCACCACAUCUCCCUCUUCUCCAGAUGAAAGCAGGCAAUUACACUAUUAUUCCAGGUAACAUAGAUGAGUAUUUCACUGCUGUAAUGUUAAAGAAAUCGAGAGUGAAGCUACUGAAACAUGACAUAAUACCUUUUCCAACGACUGCCAUGAAGAGGAACCUUUUAGUUGUGCAUGUGAGCGUAUCUGGUAUUGAACUUUGCCUUAUGACCUCUCAUCUGGAGAGCACUAAAGAUCACUCCAAGGAGCGUAUGAAGCAGCUGCAAAUAGUGUUAAAUGAAAUGCAGAAGGAGUCUGAGUCCACCACUGUUAUAUUUGGAGGGGAUACAAACCUCAGAGACAGCGAGGUUACUAAACUUGGUCAUCUACCUGACACCAUUAAGGAUGCCUGGGAGUUUUUGGGUAAACCUCAGCACUGCCGCUACACUUGGGACACCCAUUCCAACACCAACCUGAAUGCAGCCUACAAGUGCAAGAUGAGGUUUGACCGUAUUUACUUUCGGCCUGCAGUGGAAGGGGGGCAUUUCAUUCCACGAAGCAUGGACUUAAUUGGUUUAGAAAAACUAGAAUGUGGCAGAUUUCCUAGUGAUCACUGGGGCAUUUUGUGUAAUUUUGAUGUUAUAUUAUAAAAAAGAAAGAAAGACUUCGCCUCUUCAGUUUUUAGGUGAUUUAUUCUUGUUUUUACAAAAUUUUACUCUCUCAGUUUAAGGUAGGGCAUAUUUAAGUUUUCAACCCCAAUACAUUCUUUGUUCUUGGUUUCUGCAGGAAUGGCUUUGUUUCAAGCCAGGUUUCCCUUUUCCUAUUGUAUGCAUCUUCUCUUGAAUCACGUUUUAUUAUAUUUAUUUUUAAAAAUAUCUGCAAAACUAAACAAAUUCUAGUUUUAAAAUGACAGGAAAAACCUGUAAAUACAAUUCAUAAACAUACUCAGUGAUUUAAAAGACAUUUUUAUUUUGGUGUGUAUUAUGAUCUCAUAAUAAAGGCUGCUUUUUUUCUAUUUUAAGACUA